AUGACUGAAAGAUUUUCUAAAUUAUCAUUGGAUGGUACUAAUCCUAUUAAAUCAUCUUUAUCAGACUAUGAUGAUAUAAUUCAUGAUUAUAAUUGCAUUCAUACAAGUGAUAAUGAUAGUAAUAAUGAUAAUGAUGAUGAUGAUAUAAAAAGAAAUUCUCCAUUUGUUUCUUCCUCUGGUAUAACGAAUGAUAAUAUUACUACUGCCACUACAAAUACAAAUACAAAUACAAAUACAAGUCCUGUAACGAAUACUAAUAUUAAACGAAAUGGGUCUACUUCAUCAAAUUAUGAUAAAAUUAAUGCUAACUUGCAUGCCAGAGUUAAAGCAUUCCAAGAACAGCGGGCUUUAAAAAGAUCAACAAGUUCUGGUGCUAAUAGGAAAACCCCUCAAGAAAGAUUAGUAGCAUCAUCUAACAAUAAUAAUAAUACCAAUAAUUAUAUUAGUGAUGAUGAUAUUGAUAGAAAUGAGUUAUCUUUAGAUAUAUCUUCCUAUACAACUAGUACAUCUUCGGCAUCUUUAGUUUCAAAAACAUUGAAUAAAAUUGUUAAUAAACCUUUGCCUCCUUUACCAAAUUUAUCCCACAGUGAUUCGCAUAAUAUAUCAAGAUCUACUUCAAUUUCUUCUGUAUCUUCCAAAGACUCAUGUAAUUCUAAAAACUUAGAAAAUAGGGAUAUUUCCACUACUAAUGUCAAUAAUUCUAUACGAUCUCUAAUGCAUCCAACUGGUCCAUCAUAUAAUGAUUUCAUACAAAAUAUUUCUACAAAGAAUCUUCAUCGGAAUAAUAAUAAUAAUAAUAAUAACGUAAAUUUUGAAGAUGCUGCAACUCCAGAAAAUUUGCAGUCAAAUGAUGUUUUAAAACCUAAUACAAACAAUGAUAGUUAUGAUGAUAAGAUAGCAAGUAUAACUAAAAAACAUUCAAGAAUAAUAUCAGCAAAAGAUUUUAAUUUGGAAUCAUCUGAAGAAGCCACAAUACUGAGCAAUGAUAAUAAGAAAAACAUGAACAUGAUAACAAAUAUAGUCGAAAGUAUAUCAAAUACUAAGGAUCAAUCAGAUAAAGAAGUAGUUCAUGAACAAGUUGUUACAACAGAUAGUACGGACUCUUCUAUAACUAAUUCUAAUAUUGUUAGUACGACGGCUACUAUCAGUAAUGUCCAAAAUACGUCGAAUUUUGUAUCUCAAAUACCACAGCAACUAAAUCCAAAUAGAAGAGCACCAAAGAGACCUGUUUUUACAAAUAUGAAAGCUGCAAUUCAAACAUCUCAAACAAAUAGUACCGUACAAAAUCGUUCCCCAAAACAAAGUUUAAGUGCACGUCGUGGUUUAAAGUUACCUCUAGGUGGGAUGAAUCUAAAAAUGUUAACUAAAUCAUUCCCUUCAACGACUACUUCAUCAGUUCAUGCAGAUUCUCAAGAAUUUGCAGUGUCUCCAGUUAAUAAAAAUAAUCAUAUUCUAAAUCAUUCGUCUGGAAGAAGGUUGAAUCCAGGUUCUUUGAUUAAUGGUAUACAGACUACCUCAACUUCAUCAUCAUAUGAUGACAACUGUGAUACAGAGGGAACCAUGCCUGAUAAUAGUAGUAGUAAUAGUAGCAGUUUAGGUUCAGGUGGACCAGGUGGACUAUUUUCAAAUUUCUCUAAAUAUGUUGAUAUCAAAUCUGGUUCAUUAAAUUUCGCUGGUAAAUUGUCUCUUUCAUCCAAAGGUAUUGAUUUUAGUAAUGGUUCAAGUUCUAGGAUCACCUUAGAUGAACUAGAAUUCUUGGAAGAAUUAGGACAUGGUAAUUAUGGUAACGUUUCAAAAGUGUUACAUAAACCAACUAAUGUUAUUAUGGCUAUGAAAGAGGUAAGGUUAGAGUUAGAUGAAGCUAAAUUUAGACAAAUCUUAAUGGAAUUGGAGGUGUUACACAAAUGUAGGUCGCCUUACAUUGUGGAUUUUUAUGGUGCAUUUUUCAUUGAAGGUGCUGUAUAUAUGUGUAUUGAAUAUAUGGAUGGUGGAUCUUUAGACAAGAUAUAUGAUCAAAACCCCAAAAUUGGGGGUAUUGAUGAGCCACAAUUGGCAUAUAUUACAGACGCAGUGAUAAGAGGGUUAAAAGAGUUGAAGGAAGUUCAUAAUAUUAUACACCGUGAUGUUAAACCAACAAAUAUAUUAUGUUCCGCACAACAAGGUACGAUAAAAUUAUGUGAUUUUGGUGUCUCUGGGAAUUUAGUAGCAUCAAUGGCAAAAACAAAUAUUGGUUGUCAAUCAUAUAUGGCCCCAGAAAGAAUAAAAUCUUUAAAUCCUGAUAUUGCUACGUAUACAGUGCAAUCAGACAUUUGGUCGUUAGGACUGAGUAUAUUGGAGAUGGCUUUAGGUAGAUAUCCAUAUCCACCAGAAACUUUUAACAACAUCUUUUCUCAACUAAGUGCUAUUGUAGAUGGUCCACCACCAAAACUACCUGCAGAUAAAUUUAGUAUAGAGGCACAAGAGUUUGUUGCGCUAUGUCUACAAAAGAUACCAGAGAGAAGGCCUACAUAUUCCAAACUUUUAGAACAUCCAUGGUUAGUUAAAUACAGAAAGGUCGAUGUUGGUAUGAGUCGAUACAUUAAAGAAAGGUUAGAAAUUAAGAAAAGAAUAUUAGAUGCAAGUGGUGAAAAUGCAUUGCCAAAAAUUGUUCCUGCUUUACAUAUGGGUGGAUUGCCCUGA